GUCGGUUUCGAUUUUGAAGUCAGAAACGACGACCACGGUCCCUUUGGAUGUCGAUAUAUCGCGUUGGGCGCGCUCUGCGACAGCCUCUUUGUUCUGCUUGCAUUCUUUCUCGAUUCCAUCGCCUGUAUACUGUUGCGGCCGUACAGCACGCUGCCCCGACAGCUGCGAGUGAAGACAACACUGAGCCGUCGUCCGAACCUUCACCACCCAAGGCUUCAAAACGAAAAUCUACGAGGAAAGCUACAAAGAAGCCCGAUGUACCACCCCGUAAAACGGUGUUGGAAGAGAGUAGGGUACAUUCCCACCUUGCAUCCUUGCAGGCGACAGAGGGUAUUCUGACCCUCGACGAACUUGAGCGGCACAAGCCUUCUGGUCUUGCACAUCCCCAGUCUCCAAAAUACGAAGAACAAUAUUCGGAACUUCAAAACUUUCUUCUGCGCUCUUUCAACAGCAAACAACUCGUCCAGUUUAUACGCCUUUCCGGCUCUAACGUACCGAUGUCACGCGACAAAAACUCUUUGGUUACAAUAAUUCUGGAGGAGACCUGGAAUAUGCCAUCGCUUUCUCAGAUACAGAAGGAUAAAAAGGAGCGCACUGAAACGGGCUCCCAAACAUAUCCGCUGGAUCGACGCCAGUCGUUUUUAAUCCUUGGAAAAGAUGGAAUCGAUCUCCUUACCCUCUCCACCAAAUACAAAGUCCAGAUGUCGUUUUCAUCCAAUCCAUUAUCCUUAAAAGUGUCGGGUUUAAGGGUGCACCUGAACCAAUUGAGUGAACAUGUAUUGCGCUUCAAGGAGAGUAUACGCGACGAAAUCUAUCAUCUUCCGACCAAAUUGCCAAUCCGAGCCGAUCUAUUGCAGCGUGUGUCACGCUUGGCAGGAGCUUUCACGGAGAAUCUCGAAUGCGGGACGAUACGGAUAAGCUACAAAGUAGAUCAAUCUCAAGCACUGAUCCAUGCAAAGCGCUUGGCUACACGGGCUUCGUGUGAGUCACUGUCAAGUCCUGACCGAGAUGUGUUCGUACAUAUACCUCCUGGAAUACCGAGUUCCACUCCAGUACCUCUCUCGAUGUUUCCACACACAUAUUCCUUGUAUCCUUUCUUAUCCCCUCGUACUGUUCCCUGGACUUCCAGUGGUGGUGGAUCGUUCCGAAUUCGACGAGUGGGCGAAUGGCUUGGUAUCAGCUCUAGAGAAGAUUUGCUAAAAUCUGGAGGCCUAGCCAUGGGAAGAGGAACUGUCUUAACAAAGGAAGCAGAAAAGGAGGAUAUUAGACAAGUGCUCAAGAAUAUGGCUGGUCUCGAUGAAACAAAAACUGUGACGGCUUCCUUUGGGCAUGUUCUUCUGAAUACUCCGCCUUUGGCAAGGACGACACUUGUACCUCCCCUGAAGGGAAACUGGCCUUUAGCGGACAUUCUUAAGUGGAUCAGAGAGUAUACCGUUCCCCGGACAUUUUCACCUAGUGUACCGGCAGCAGUACUUGAGCUGACGCCUUCUAAUCAACGCACACUGCACCGUCUUAUUUAUCGACAAGUCUUUCCACCUGAUACACGGGCAAAUCCAGAUUCGGCAAGAACAAUCAGGUUCGAGACGGCAUUGAAUGUUCUCCCGGAGGAGGGUCAAAAUGGAACUUCUUUUUCACCUUCAGCCUCUAUUGGAUCAGAAGAAUCCUUCGAUUUGAUGUUACCUGACCGUUCGACAGACAUUCAAUUUUCUGUAUCAGACACACGUAGUCUGACUAUGAGUGAAUGGCCCUCAGAACUGAAGGGAUAUUUCGAGGCACUGCAAUCUUUUAUUCUGGGGUCCGAUGAUGGUGCUCCUCAGCCAGAGACGCCAUUAACCCUCUGUCACGGGGACGAAACAUACGUACUCAAUUUCAGUUCCAGUGUACGUCAACACAACGAUACUAUCCCGGGGGCUGAUUUCCAGUCCGAUUUCACGAGUGAAAAUGAGUUGGAUCUCGAAAGUGAUCAGAAAUCUAGCGUGUGCAAGGUCGUUUGCCAAAAUGUGUUCAAUGAAGCUAGUUGGAGAUCCUUCAUGAAGACCUGCGAUCAUCUCUCGACCCUCUCUUUUCGUGUCACCCCUCCUACUUCGACAUUAGAAGGGUCAGCUGAAGAUCUCGAGACUGAAAGAUUUUGAAUUUUGAUUAUACGCAAACAUACUUUAAAUAAUAGACACCCCACAUAUCAAUGUGUAUGCACAGACUGUAAGACUAUUACUGGUCCACAAAAACUGUCUAAGUGCGCUUCCGCUUUUUGUUGGCUUUCUCGAUACGCUUCUUUGCUC